AUGUCGGUGAGCCAGCCACAGUCAGGAAGAGGUGUGCCUUGUUUACGCUGCAGAGGGACGUGCACGGGCUUCGAGCCACAUUCUUGGAGGAAAAUCUGUAAAUCCUGCAAAUGCAGCCAGGAGGAUCACAGCCUGAGCUCGGACGUGGAGGAUGAUCGGAAAAUUGGGCGCCUGCUGUCGGACUCCAAGUAUGCCACGCUCACCGCCCGGGUGAAAGGAGGUGAUGGCGUUCGCAUUUACAAAAGGAACCGCAUGAUCAUCACCAACCCCAUCGUCUCUCGGAAAGACCCCACCUUCGACACCAUCACGUACGAGUGGGCUCCGCCGGGGCUCACCCAGAAGCUGGCCAUGCAGUACAUGGAGCUGAUCCCCAAGGAGAUGCAGCCCGUGGCGGGGACGGACGGGGCCUGCUACCGCCGGCGGCAGCUGAUGAGACAACUCCCGCUGUACGACCAGGACCCGUCCCAGUGCCGUGGCCUCGCUGCGGGCGAGCUGAAGCUGAUGGAAGACUUCGUGAAGCAGUACAAACGCGCCCCCGCCAGCAAACCCCCCGAGUCCACCAACGGGGCCCUGGAGAGCGCGCCUGCCGGAGGGCCCUACCGCUGCGAGACCUGCAAGCAGGCGGUGCCGGGGGACUGCCCGGUGGUGUACGCCGACAGG